AUGUAUUACUUUCAAUCAAUCUAUCUAUCUAUCUAUCUAUCUAUCUAUCUAUCUAUCUAUCUAUCUAUCUAUCUAUCUCUGACCUCCGUUCUCAUCUAUCUAUCUAUCUAUCUAUCUAUCUAUCUAUCUAUCUAUCUAAACGUUUGUUUAUCUCACUCUGUCUACUGUUCAGAUCUUUAUGUAUCUCUCUCUCUAUCUAUCUAUCUAUCUAUUCAUCUAUCUAAGUCCGUUCUCAUCGAUCUAUCUAUCUAUCUAUCUAUCUAUCUAUCUAUCUAUCUAUCUAUCUAUCUAUCUAUCUAUCUUAUUCGGUUCAUUAUCUAUCUAUCUAUCUAUCUAUCUAUCUAUCUAUCUAUCUAUCUAUCUAUCUAUCUAUCUGUUUUCAAUCUAUCUAUCUAUCUAUCUAUCUAUCUAUCUAUCUAUCUAUCUAUCUAUCUAUCUAUCUAUUUAUCUCAGUCUCUUUGUUUCUUAUCUAUCUAUCUAUCUAUCUAUCUAUCUAUCGAUCUAUCUAUCUAUCUAUCUAUCUAUCUAUCUCUCUCUGUCAAUCUGUUGAUAUCUAUCUAUGUUAGUCUGUUCAGAUCUAUCUAUCUAUCUAUCUUUUUUUUUUUUUUUUUUUUUUUUCAGCAAGGGGGAGGAAUAGAGGCUUAUCUAUCUAUCUAUCUAUCUAUCUAUCUAUCUAUCUAUCUAUCUAUCUAUCUAUCUAUCUAUCUAUCUAUCUAUCUAUCUAUCUAUCUAUCUAUCUAUCUAUCUAUCAGGGUAGCUGGCUCGAUAGCUAGCUCAGUCCGUUCAUCAUCUAUCUAUCUAUCUAUCUAUCUAUCUAUCUAUCUAUCUAUCUAUCUACGGGACCCUUUAAGUGAAACGCCAAGGAAUUCCAAAGCUCGUUUUUUUGGCCGUUAUCCAAGUCUCCCAACUGCGCCCGCAAAAGAGAUUCAAGGUCAGGUCAGCGAAAGAAUGCUCUGCCUCGACUUCUCUUUGCUUCUCAUUUCAUUUAUACGCAGAAGCACUUUUACGAAUUCGUACAUCAACGUUGAUUGGCAAGCCGUAGUUCAUGGUUCAGAAAUAUGA